GGGUAAACUUGACGGAAAUAGCUAGCCCUUUAGCUGUGGUAACAACAGAGGAAAUGUAUUCUUUUUCUGUGAUUGUAUGACAUACAAAAGCGGUGAUGAAACACGGCGUUUAAGAGUUAUGGCUGUGCUGGCGGUGUUACACAGUCUGGAUUUUUUCAGUUAUCGGUUUGGGUAUGCAUGAAGGCACACAUGCUCCACCACAGAGAGCAGAAAACAAACCCAAAAAGAAGAGGACAUCACUGGUGAAGAAAGAGCAGAAUCAAACCUCAGUUAAGUGCCAGAAUAUUACACAAGUGAAGAGGAGCGAGCAAGGAGAGCAGGUGGGGAGGGUGGCUUAAGGAGCAGCAGGAGGUGCCACUCAGAAUGGCUUUCCUUGACAACCCCACCAUCAUAUUGGCCCACAUCCGACAGUCCCAUGUGACUAGUGAUGACUCGGGUAUGUGCGAGAUGGUGCUGAUUGACCACGAUGUGGACUUAGAGAAGUGCCAUUCGACUGCCACAUCUGCUGGUGGUGGAUCGAUGGGGGGUAUGUUGGGGGAUGGAGGUGUUGGCGGAGAUGGUCAGACAUGUGACCUCUCUCAGUCCAUGGACAUCACCUCCAGCUGGGACUUUGGCAUCCGCCGUCGCUCCAACACAGCUCAAAGGCUGGAGAGACUGAGGAAGGAACGCCAGAACCAGAUUAAGUGUAAGAACAUUCAGUGGAAAGAGAGGACGUCUUCUCAGUCAGCGGAUGACUUGAGUUCCCUUUUUGAAAAGAAGGACUUCAAGGACAGACCUCGGUGCACAGGGACCAAAUCCACCCUCUCUUUGCGGCUAGAGCAGUGCCCUCAGCAGCUCAACAACCCCUUCAAUGAGUACUCCAAAUUUGAUGGCAAGGGCCAUGUAGGUACAACAGCAACCAAAAAAAUAGACGUCUACCUCUCAAUGCAGUCUGCCCAGGAGAAGUUGCAUCCUAUGAUGGUGGUCACUAUGGCCAAUGCACGGGUCCAUGAUCUCAUUGGUCUUAUCUGCUGGCAAUACACCAGUGAGGGCCGCGAACCCAAGCUCAAUGAGAACGUAAACACAUACUGCCUCCACAUAGCUGAGGAUGAUGGAGAGGUGGACACAGAUUUCCCCCCUCUAGAUUCCAAUGAACCCAUCCACAAGUUCGGCUUCAGCACGCUGGCCCUAGUGGAGAAGUACUCAUCUCCAGGACUCGGGCCCAAGCAGUCACUCUUUGUCAGAAUAAACGCUGCCCAUGGUUUCUCCCUGAUCCCAGUGGACAGUCUAAAGGUAACCAUGAAGGAGAUUCUACAGAAGGCACUGAAGAAAAGAAAAGGCUCACAGAAGGGAUCAGGGCCCAUGUACCGUCUGGAGAAGCAGACAGAGCCAAAUGUGGCAGUGGAUCUGGACAGUACGCUGGAGAGCCAGAGCACACUAGAGUUCUGCCUUGUCCGUGAGAACAGUUCCAGAGGAGAGGAGAGUUCAGAGGAGGACCCUCCUAUAGACAUCACUACAGUACAGGACAUGUUGAGCAGUCAUCACUACAAAUCUUUUAAGAUCAGCAUGAUCCACAAGCUCCGCUUCACCACCGAUGUUCAGCUAGGUAUUUCAGGUGAGAAAGUGGAGAUCGACCCUGUCACCAAUCAGAAGACAAGCACUAAGUUUUGGAUCCGACAAAAGCCCAUCUCUAUAGACUCAGAUCUGCUAUGCGCCUGUGACCUUGUGGAGGAGAAGAGUCCAAGUCAUGCAAUAUUUAAGCUCACAUAUCUCAGCAACCAUGACUACAAGGCUCUUUACUUUGAAUGUGAUGCUGCUACAGUCAACGAGAUCGUGCUAAAGGUGAACUACAUCCUAGAGUCUCGUGCCAGCACCUCAAGAGCCGACUACUUUGCCCAGAAGCAACGUAAGCUAAGUCGGCGCACCAGCUUCAGCUUCCAGAAAGACAAAAAGUCAGGCCAGUAGGAUGCACAGCCAAACCCCUGAUUAGGAGUCUCUCUGAACCAAGUGUAGAGUCAGACAGUGUGAGGUGGAUUCUGGAUAGAAAGAGGUCCUGGUUAAAGACAGAAAAGGAACGAAUAACAUCAGGGAGAACCAGAGAGAGGUGAAGACAGAGAAGGAUGACAGAACAUGUUGGAGGUAAAAUUAAGCAGGGCACAGUGAAAAUGAAAGAAGAAUGAUGGAGGUAGUGCAAAGAAAGUAAGAGAGAAGAGAUAGGGGCAGGCAGUGAGGGUGAGGGUGGGGGUGGGGGUUGCAGAGUCGUCUUGACUGUCUCAAAGGUGGAAUCAGCUUCUGGGGGUCUGAAUACUGGAGCACUGUCAGUCCUCAGCCAUAUCAGAGUGCUGUCAAUCAAGAAUGUACAAGAGGAAAUUAAAUAAAUAAAACGGGACGAAACUGUUUGAAGCCACAGACCGAACACAAAUUAUCAUCAGUCUCAGUUUCUGAAGCACAAGCUGCUGUUUGUGCAAGAGUCGAUUUCAAAGACUUCUUUCGGUUUUUUAACAUCAUCUCCACUGCCUACAAAUGAACUGUACAUACGUACCAAAUGACCGCAAGUGGACAUAAGAAGCCACCAAGAGCAAGCAAGCAAGCAAACUUGUACCUGUUACCCAUUGUAUCAAACAUAACGCGCUAUACAGUGUUGGGACAUGUAAAGGGAACAUUCUUGCAUUUUUUUUAACCUUUGAAAUGAAAAUAAGCAGCCACGUUCGGGUCACACCCUCUUUGGCCAUUAUACUUCAGUGCCUGGUACUGUUCAAUUGGACAACUUUGCGUUCUUUUGAAGUGGACGAUUUAAACAAAUCAAUUCAAGACACUUAUGCUUGUAAGGUUGGGGAGGAACCUUGAACCACUCUUAUUGUUUAAAGCAACACAUUUGGCUGGUUUGUUACAGAAUUUUUAAUUAUCAAACUAAUUCAGUGAUGACCUGUACUUUUUUACUGUGAUGUGGGCUUUUCCUCUUCUGCAUUGUAUCUACAGACUGUAACCAAGCACUGUCUGUCAGGCUGAUCAGAACAUUUGUUCCGACUGUCCUUUUGGGCUGCAUCUAGGGAAUGUAUGACCGUUUUUACAGCCUUUUUUCCUUUUGAGAUAAAAAACAAACAAGUGAUAACAUUAUAUACUCUAGGUUCAUUGCAUUUGCGUCUUUGGAUGGUUUUCUUUUCUUGCCCACUCCAGUUUGUUUUCUUUCAAACAUGGGGGGAGGCAAACUCACAUUAUAUAACCCAAAAGCUGCUGUUAUAAACUGGAUUCAGGGUGUUUGUUCAGAUCCAAAACUCAUGAUUCAACUCAGGUUUCUGAUUGCCAUUUUGUGUUUACUGGUCUAGGCUUUUUCUCCUUUUUUCUGUCUGUUGGAAAUGGAGAGAGAGAGAAAGCACUUGUGUUCUGUGCCGCUGUUGGCUCAAGUGAAAGAAAGUGUUCCCAUGAUGGGAAGUAGAGCUGCAUAAAGACAAUUCAAAUGAAACUUUAUUUAUAAGGGGUAAUGGUUUGAUAAUGAGCGGGGGGUAUCAUAUGACCUAUGAAAUUAACAAUAUUUGCUACAGUAUACGCAAUGCUGUAUUAUAUAAGUAGAUUUUCUAAUUAAAGAUUGAACUAAAAGCA